GUGCCUCACAGAGAUCGCAUUGCUUCCACUCAUCCGGCCCUACCUCGGCCCCUGUGCCGGCACUCCUUCCAGUCUACACUCCAUUCUCACACCAUACAUAAACAGAGACGAGGGAGUCAGGCGUUCGAGGAGCCCUCGUAUACUACUCUUAGGACGAUAUGACGACACUGACAGACGACCUGCUUUUGGUCCAUGCUGAUAGAGUGCAGGAUAAAGUUGUGAUCGUCACGGGGGGCGCGAGUGGUAUAGGCAAGGAAUCGUGCAUUCUGUUCGCACAGUAUGGUGCGAAAAUCGUCAUCGGAGAUGUGGACGAGAAGGCGGGCAUGGGUGUCGUGGAGAACAUUACCAGCGCCGGAGGUGAUGCGGUCUUUAUACGCUGUGAUGUCACCAGCUGGGACGAUCAGGUGUCCAUGUUUGAGCUCGCCCUGUCGCGGUAUGGAUCGGUGGACGUCGUCGUCGUCAACGCCGGUAUACUCGACAAGCUCACGGACUCGUGGACUGGCGAACUGAAGGGCUCUGAUGGACGCCUUCAGCCACCAUCCCUGAAGGUAAUCGACGUCAAUGUCUACGGAGCGCUGUAUACCAUACGGCUCGCGUUAUAUUAUUUCGUGAAGAAGUCUACCCCGCAGGAUCUGAAGUCUCUAGUCGUAAUGGGAUCCUUAGCCUCCUGGAUUUCCCUGCCAUUCGGUCCUCCUCUUUACGGAGCAUCUAAGCAUGCCAUGUUGGGCACGAUGCGUAACCUCUCAGCCUCGCUCCCUGGACAACCCGAAACGAAGCACAUCCGGGUAUCCUGCAUACAUCCCUGGUACGCAGAUACCAACAUCCUCGACACGCCUACCAAGCUCUUCGUCGCCGGAGUCCCACUCGCCCCUGUCCUCCGCAUCGCAUACGCAAUCUUCAACGCCGCCACGGACCCCGAUAUGUCCACGAGCGGUUCUGCGUAUUUGUUGUUAGAUGACGGACCAGUGUUGAGGUUGGAGAAGGAGGUUAUGAAGAGCGGAGUGUAUGAGGUUAUGAAUAAGCGGGUUUCUUGGAUCCAGAGUGCGACGGGGAACGAGUAUAUAUGGGCGGUUCUCAAGGACGUGAAAGGUCUGUUUAGUUGGAAGAUGUUGCUUGCUUUGCUGUUCUUGCCUGUCUUGAUUUUGAUGGCGUUCGUGAGGGUGGUUCUGAAGGUGGCGACGUCGUGAGCGGGUGACUCGAAGUAUGUAGGACCGGGGGCAUCAUGUAUGAACCUGCCAUCUGAUUUCGUACUGAUAUGCGUGUCCUGUCU